GCCGGGGGCUGGGCGGCUCCCAGCGGCGGAGCGGGGCGCGGCUGCGCUGCGGCUCAGGCCGGGCUGUCCCGGCGGCUGCCAGCGUCUUGCGGAGCCGUGCUGGGCCGUGCUGUCCCGGUGGUUGCCAGCGCUGUGUGGAGCCGUGCUGGGUCUGGCUGUCCUGUCAGCUGCUAGCACCGUACUAGGCCGUGCUGCCCCGGCGGCUGCCAGCGCCAUGCUGCCGCCGUGCUGGGCCGGGCCGGGUGGCCGGCUCCCGUGGAGGCCGGCCCUCCUCCUCCUCCUCAGCCCGGUGCCGGUGAGGGGCCGGCAGCCGACUUUCUCCACAACCUGCGUGAGGUGUUCAAAAAACAGGCGGCUGAGGCAAAAAAGAGUCAUUUCGGAAAGGAAACUGACACGCUAUUUCGUGGAUCACCGGAAAGUGCGUGUAGUUGGAGGACAAGGAGGAGGAGGUGGUUAUUCUUUUAAUAGUGAACCCAGAAAAAUAUUUGGAGGUCCUGAUGGUGGAAAUGGAGGUGAUGGGGGUCAUGUCAUUUUGAAAGCUGACCAGCAAAUGAAAUCACUUUCUUCAGUCCUUCCCUUCUAUCAGGGUUUUCAUGGAGAGAGAGGAGGAACCAAAAACUGUUAUGGAGCUAAUGGUGCAUAUAUGUAUGUUAAAGUCCCUGUAGGUACGUUGAUUAAGGAGGAUGGGAAGGUUGUGGCUGACCUUACUCAACAUGGUCAAGAGUAUGUUGCAGCUUAUGGAGGAGCUGGAGGGAAAGGUAAUCGCUUUUUUCUUUCCAAUGAAAACCGAGCCCCAACGUUAUUUACUCCAGGAGAGCCAGGUCAGGAAAGGGUCCUCCAUCUGGAACUCAAGACAACAGCUCAUGCAGGAUUGGUGGGCUUUCCCAAUGCUGGCAAAUCAUCACUUUUGAGAGCAAUCUCCAGUGCAAAGCCAGCAGUGGCUGCCUACCCGUUCACAACCCUAAAUCCCCAUGUCGGCAUUGUCCGCUAUCAAGACUACGAACAAGUAGCAGUUGCUGACAUUCCUGGCCUAAUAAAAGGUGCUCAUCAAAACAGGGGCCUGGGGAUCGCCUUCCUAAGGCAUAUCGAACGCUGCCGCUUUCUCCUGUAUGUGGUGGAUCUCUCUGUGUCUCAGCCAUGGAUUCAGCUGCAGGACUUAAAAUACGAACUGGAGCAAUAUAAAAAAGGAUUGUCUGAGAGGCCUUGUGUUGUCAUCGGGAAUAAGAUUGACCUUGCUCAGUCCAGGAUCAAUCUACCGCUCCUUAAAGAACAGAUAGGUGAGCGGGUCAUUGCUUUGUCUGCGUUGACAGGAGACAACCUAGAGGAACUGUUGUUGCAUUUGAGAGAACUGUAUGACACUUAUGUGGGGACAGAACAAUCACGAGGGCAAAGCCCGGUCAAGUGGUAGGAACCAGAAAUACUGUGAGUUGUACUGGAAGGAGAGAAAAAAAAUAAAUCAUAAUUUGAAUAGAUUG